AUGGGAGUUCUUCGUGGGCGACAAAGGAUCGCCAGCCGCUGUCCCGACAAAGCAGUGCUCCAAAUCUGGUGUUCCAAAGAUGGGCGGGCGCGAUCGAGAGGCUACGAUUCCCGUUACGACUUCCGCGGCGACUUCCGCGGCGGCUUCCGCGGCGGUGCGCGUAGCGACCCCUGCGGCCUGAGGCGCUCGGCCUCUGCAAGCUUCGCUCGGCCGCGCGAUCAGCGGGACCCACAGGAGCAGCGGCGCAAGUAUGACUCAGCGUCUUCCCUCUAUGGCACGCCGGAACGCUUUGUUGGAAGCUUCCAGAAGGCGGAUGCCAUGCUGGAAAGCAGGCUCACCGAGCGCCUUCGGGAGCAGAGCUUUUCCUCCAUCGACACCCGGAGGCCAGCCGCGCGCGCGCUCGGCGGAGGGCCAGGGCCAGAAAGGCGGAGCCCAUGGACUGAAGGCGCACGCAGCCACCCGGGCUCCCAGAUAUAUGGAUUUGCUUCCACCCCUGGCAGCCGCCGUCCUCUCGUCUCGGCCACAUCCUCGCCAUACCUGCCCAGCAGCUACAGCGUGGCAGGCGACGAUGUGGAGCGGCUGAAAAUGUACAGCGACCUUUUUGAGGAGGUGAUUGAAAGGGACCGUGUCUUCGGCUCACUUCUGCGAAAGGUGAAAAGCGCCUAUGACUCCAUGCUGCAGAGUAAGGCAAUGGCCCCGAUGCCAUCGGUUCCGCCCAUGCCAGCGCCUGACACAGGCCCUGGAAGUCUUGGUCGGUACUCAGAAUCCACCCGGGAGGGCCCGGAGACCUGGGAGCUCUACCAAGAGAACCGUGCUCUCAAGGACCUUGUUGAGAGGCUGCACAUGGAGCUGGAGCAGGCUGUCAAACGUGAACAGCGCUGGAGAAGCAAAGCUUCUAAGCUGAAGGGCAAGGUGUCGGAUCUGUAUGGCACGCCUGCUGGCUGGGAGCAGAGAGGUUCGAUGACAGGCUACCCGCCAGAGGCUUGGGCUUUCGAGGCAAUGCCGGAGAGGCGGCCCUCCUUCCAAGCCAGCCGCCGGGAGCCGGGCGUGGAGGCCUAUGACGCAGCGCUGAACCAGGGCGGCUUCUUCAGCCUCAGCUCCAUCUCCCCGCAGUCGCAGCUUCAUCCGCAGGAGCCCGACGCAGGCCAUGGCCAUGUGCAUCUUCACUCCGCUCGCUCGGACGAGAGUGGUAUACUGCCACAGCGACCCGACCGACGUAUUGUGCGGAGGCCCGCAUCGGUGCCCAAGCUGGACCUCGCAAAGACGCAGCAGCUCGAAGAGGAGGAAUAUGAGGCUCGAAGGGAUGAUGAUCAGUACGCUGACCAGGACGGAGGCUAUCUGGUCCAAGACGAUGGGAGCGACGGUGACAGGCCGCCCAGCGAGCGCUGA